CUCCCGAGUGUGGCACGGGUUCUGCAAGGAAGGAUGCUGUGGGUAACCCUGCUAAGCACAAUAGCUUUAGGGUGGACUACGCCGAUCCCCUUGCUAGACGAGUCUGAGGAAAUAGACGAGCCUUGCUUUGACCCUUGUUACUGUGAAGUCAAGGAGGGCAUUUUUCAUGUGCACUGCGACAGCAAAGGAUUUACAAAUGUCAGCCAGAUUUCCCAGUCAUGGACAAGGCCAUUUAAACUCAAUUUACAGAGGAACUCCAUGCGCAAGCUGUAUUUUAAUAGCUUUUUGCACCUCAACAAUGCUGUGUCACUCAAUCUGGGGAACAAUGCACUGCAGGACAUUCAUGCUGGUGCAUUCAAUCGGCUGAGCAUUUUGAAAAAGCUCUUUCUACAUGAGAACAAGCUGGAGGUGUUCAGAAAUGACACUUUUCUUGGACUUGAGAGCCUUGAAUACCUUCAGGCAGAUUACAAUGUCAUCAAGAAAAUAGAAAGUGGUGCUUUUCGAAACCUGCACAAACUCAGAGUGCUUAUUUUGAAUGACAAUUUGAUACCCAUGCUCCCCAAUUUCUUAUUCAGGUCUGUAUCAUUAACUCAUCUUGAUUUGCGUGGCAAUCGGUUAAAGGCUCUUCCAUAUAAGGGGACACUGGAGUAUGUGGGUCGUAGUCUGAUGGAGAUUCAGCUUGAAGAAAAUCCAUGGAACUGUGUGUGUGAGAUUGUACAGCUCAAAACAUGGCUGGAGAGAAUACCAUACACAGCUCUGGUGGGUGAUAUCACUUGUGAGUAUCCAUUUCACUUUCAUGGAAAGGAUCUCCGUGAGAUCAAAAGGAGUGAGCUAUGCCCCCUGCUUUCUGAAACUGAGAUAGACGUAAAACUUGGCAUCCCAAGGCUGCCUUUCAGUAAUGAGAACAUGUGGCCCACCAAGCCCUCAUCCAUGUUGUCAUCUUUCCAUAACACUGCCUCAUCGGUGGAGUACAGAGAGAGACAUAUUAAGCCAACAAAACGACCCAGAUCCACAAAAACACCACCAACUCCACGAAGCCUUUAUCCUGGUCCAAACCAACCUCCUGUACCUGGCUAUCAAACAAGACCACCUAUUCCAAUCAUCUGCCCAACAGGAUGUACGUGUAAUCUACACAUCAAUGACUUGGGACUCACUGUAAAUUGCAAAGAGAAAGGUUUUCACAACAUCUCUGAGCUUUUGCCACGGCCUUUGAAUGCCAAAAAACUCUAUCUGAGUGGGAACUUGAUUCAGAAAAUAUACAGGUCAGAUUUUUGGAAUUUCUCCAGUCUGGAUUUACUCCAUUUGGGUAACAAUCGGAUAUCAUAUGUUCAAGAAGGUGCCUUCAUCAACCUGCCCAAUUUGAAAAGUUUAUACUUAAAUGGUAAUGAUAUUGAAAGGUUGACACCAGGUAUGUUCCGUGGUUUGCAGAUGCUCAGCUACCUUUAUUUAGAGUACAAUGUUAUUCGAGAGAUUCAACCAGCUGCUUUCAGCCUGAUGGCAAAUCUACAGUUGGUUUUUUUGAAUGACAACUUGCUGCGCACGCUUCCCACUGAUGCUUUUGCUGGCACCUCCCUGUCUAGGCUGAAUCUACGCAACAACUAUUUCCUGCAUCUGCCUGUUAGUGGAGUGCUGGAGGACCUUGACUCCAUUGUACAGAUUGACCUGCACCAGAACCCAUGGGAAUGCUCAUGUGACAUUGUUCCACUCAAGCAGUGGAUUGAGAAACUGAGCUCUGUCAUUGUCGUUGGGGAAGUAAUUUGCAAGACUCCGGAGUUUGCUUUGGGAAAGGACCUUCGCACCCUGGAACUUGAGUUUAUCUGCCCAGAACUGAAGUUUUCCGCUGCUUCUCCUGGACUUGUUGAUGAUUUCACUUCCACCAGUGACUCUGGAUUAGGAUAUGCCCCUUCCACAGGAGCCAUACCACUUUCAGUUCUCAUCCUCAGUCUCUUGAUCUUAUUCAUCUCUGCUGUGUUUGUUGCUGCUGGCCUGUUUGCUUUUGUACUAAGAAGAAGGAAGAAACUCCCAUUCAAGAAGCGUCAGGAAGUGGUGGAUCUGACUGGAAUCCAGAUGCAGUGCCGGAUAUUUGAGGAACAACAAACCUCACCUGAGAAACCUGCCUCCAGCCAUGUUUAUGAUUACAUCCCCCACCCUGUUACUCAAAUGUGCAACAAUCCCAUUUACAAACCACGUGAAGGUGAAAUAGAUGGAGAACGGUUUUCAGAUACAAAAGAAAACAGCAGUAAUUAUCGAACUCUGUUAGAGAAAGAGAAGGAGUGGACUAUGGCUGUGUCAAAUUCUCAACUUAACACCAUUGUCACAGUCAAUCAGUCUGGAGAUGGGACUGGAUUUCAUGAGAAUGGCGUGCUUUGCCCCACAUUGAUUGACAGCCACAGACCAACUCCAACCGUAGGGUUUGUAGACUGUCUUUAUGGUACCAUUCCAAAAUUAAAGGACAUGCAUGUUGCACAUGCGCAUCCUCCAGGAAUGCAAUACCCCGACUUGCAGCAAGAUGCCAGAUUAAAAGAAACUCUACUUUUGACUGGGGGAAAGAGAUUUCCAGAGCAAAAUGAAUACCUCGAGUUAAGGGCCAAACUCCAAACCAAGCCAGAUUACCUCGAAGUCUUGGAGAAAUCAUAUAGAUUCUGA